AUGAUGCCAAAACAUAGUAACAACAGACAGGUGGGAGCGGACACGGGGCGCGAACGUGGAGCGUGGAGCGGGCCUAAGCGGGUUCGAGCGUGCGGCGGUAGCGGCAGUGCUGUGCCAACCACCGGGCCACACCGCGCCAACACCAUGGACCGCGACCGCGAAUCCCCGCCGAACAGUCCGCCCGCCCAAUCUAGCUUUGGCGCCUUCUGCAGCGCGAUCUCUGAAACGUUCUCGGGGAUGGCAACUACAUCACGGAGUAGGAGAAAGCAGGAAGAUGAUAAGAAAAAGAAAAAGGAGCCAGUCGACGAACGACCUACUGUGCCCGCACCUAGUGAAGCAAUGCUCAAAAAUCUCCGGACGGCUUUCGGUCUUCUGGACCGGGAUAGCGACGGACACGUGACACCAGCCGAACUUCAGUAUAUGCUUCAAAAACUAGGCAUUGAGGUCAGCGACGACCUAAUAUCAGAACUUAUUAAGGACGCUAGUAAAAAUGGAAACGGUUUAAUAGACGAGAAUGAUUUUAUGCAGUGGGUGACAAAAAUACAGGCGAUACAAGGCUUAGACGUCAGCUCGAGUGGAGGUGAUUCUGAGGAGGAGAUCACGAGGGAUCUUUUAGCGGCGUUUAAGGUUUUCGAUCGCGACGACAACGGGUAUAUAACACGAGACGAGUUAAGGACAGCACUGGAGAUGAUCGGGGAGCCAGUGACAGACGCCCAGCUUAACCAAGUUUUGGCGUUGGGCGAUAUUGACCACGACGGACGGAUCGAUUACGAGGAAUUCGUGAAGAUGCUGUUGUAG